AUGCCAGAGAUUGAAGAAAUUGACGACGACAUUCCCGAGCUUGAGGAACAAGUUCCUGAAUUGGAACCAGCUUCAGCUGCCGCUCCCGUCAUGCCUGAUGGUUCCAUGCCAAUGAUGGCUGAAACCAAGCAAAACCGUAACGAGAAGAAGUCUCGUAAGGCUAUGCAAAAGUUGGGCAUGCGACCAGUCCCUGGAAUCUUGCGGGUUACCGUAAAGAAGUCCAAGAACGUCUUGUUUGUCAUUAACAAGCCCGAUGUUUUCAAGUCCCCCACUGCUGACACUUAUGUUGUCUUUGGUGAGGCCAAGAGCGAAGAUCUUUCCAGUGCCAGUCAAGCUGCCGCUGCCAAGCAAUUCCGUCAACCUCAACAAGAGUUGCCCCCUGCUGCUGCCCCAGCGGCUCCUGCUGCCGCCGCCGCCGAAGAGGAUGAAGAAGUCGAUGAGACUGGAUUGGAAGCCAAGGAUAUCGAGCUUGUCAUUAGCCAAGCUGGAUGUACUCGCGCCAAGGCUGUCAAGGCACUCAAAGAAAACGAGGGUGAUCUUGUCAACAGUAUCAUGAGUCUGACCAAGUAA